AUGACUGGAACUCCACCAAAUAUGCCAGGAUCGCAGGGAAUGCAGAGAGUGAGUUUUGGGGUUUUGAAUUUCUAGGCCAGUUCAGAAGAUCAUCAUCAUCAUCAUAUCAAUUAUUCAUUUGUCAAAAUAUGCUCAUUGCUCAGAAUAAUAACUCAUUUUAGGCCCAUUCUAGGCCAAAAAUGCAAGUUUUUCAGCGAGUUCAACGGCGGGAAAGUAUAGCUCUUCGUGCUCGUCAAUUUUUGACAGCAGUUGUCAGCGGAAAUGCGGCGGAUGUGGCGCGAAGAAUAUCGCCGCAAGCAUUGAAAGUGAGUUUUUCGCGCAUGGAUCAGGACAUUAUUUUUUGCUCCGAAACAUCGAGGCUCAAUGGCGAAUAAAUUUAUUUCAAAAUUUGGUUGAUCAAUCUUUUUUUGUCGGCCGUAAUUGCGUAGCGUCGUAGUUUUAAAAUGGUUUUAAUUAAAAAAUAAAACCAGAAAUGAUGCCUGAAUUUUUGAGGGUUUUUAUAGUUCACGUCUAAUUUUCAAAAAAGCGGGCGGAGCUUAAAAAUUGCAAGUCAUAUUGUUUUUAACUGAAAAUGAGUAAUUGCGGAGUCUUGUACUAUUUUAUGCCAAGUUUGUUUCUAAUGAACGUUUUUUUGUUUUUCAGAUUGCUCACCCGCGAACUGGAAGUGUUGCUUUAAUCCUAGCUGUUCUGAACGGUCAUUUUCCAAUCGUUGAAAGUAUUCUCAAUUAUUCACUAAAUUCGUUGGAUAUGAGAGAUAAUGUAACUCUUUGCUUUCUUGAAGGAGCAUACCGUAACACAUUGUUUUUCUAGGAAGGUCGAACAGCUCUGCAUUAUGCUGCGAGUUUACUAGGAAUCGGUCAAGAUCCCACAGUAUUUUAUUAUUUGCUCGAAAAAGGCGCGAAAGAUACAAUAGCUGAUUCAGAAGGUUUUACUGCUCAGGAUGUUCGAAAAAAUCCGGGAUUAAUUGAUUUGGAUCGAGCCAGAUAUAUGAAUGUUUGUAAGUACUGUAGAUUACUGUAGGAAGAAAACAUCAAAAUUAUUUUUCAGAUCCAAUUCAAAAAGAAAAUGAAUGGGAGGAUAUAUUUGCCACAAUUUCGGAAGAAGAUUUAACAAAUCGAGUUAUUACUGGAUUAUUGGAUGUGUCGAAUAUUCCGAUUAUUCCGGAAUAUUUGGAAAUUAUCAAGAGACUUAUGCUAUUACAGGUAGGUACUGUAGUUCGUGUCGAGACCCAUAAAAAAUUUCGAGUCAAAAUGAUAUUAUUCAUUUGUUUUAGUCGCAAGUUCUUGGAAUCUGGGAUGCGGUGGCUGCCGAAGAUCAUCGGAGUCUAAAACAAUUGAUUUGCGAGCGAAAAAUGGGUCUAGUUUUGGAUAAAGAAGGCCGCACCCCUCUACAUUAUGCAUAUACGUAAGUUUUUUUCUCUGAACAUGAAGCAGCAAAUAUAUAUUUUCCCCCAACUAAACCAAACCAAAUCCCGUUUUCUCUCACACAGCAAGAAAGAUAAGGAGCUUAUCGAAUAUUUGUUGUAUAUUUGUCCGGAUUCGGCGGCUGUUCGAGACAUUGUAAGCUCAGGAUUUUCCCAUUUGAAAGAGAAAAAUAUUUGGUUUUUUGCAGUACGGUAGAUUGCCUGCUGACUACGACACUUCCGAAAUACGCAGUCUAGAGGCGAUUGUGGAAAAAGAGGAGGGACCAAAGUUUGAACGACAAUUGACUUUGACUGUGCCGCAAGUUAGGGAGAGAAGGGUGAGUUAUAUUUUCUAGAAUUCAUAGAAUUACGGUAUUUCUGAGGAUUACUGUAGCCUUAACUAUGUGUUUUCUAGGGCUCUCGUAUUUGUAGUGUGUCUAGAUGUAGCUCUCUCUCUAUGUCACUGAAAGCAUAUCAGUCUAUGAUAUUUUCUUCGUUUCCCGGCUCUCUGGAUAUCUUGGUCUCCUCUAUGUUCUCUAACAAUUUCUAACUUCUCUACAUCUCUCUCAUAUCCUACACUAUCUAACUUUACUCUUCCUCUCUCCUUUUUCCCCUCCAAAUCCUAACCCCCUCAUCUCCUCCCUUCUUUCACCAAACAACUGACGCAUGCUCAAAUCUGUGCCCCUAAUCCGAAUUUGCAAAUUUCCGGUUUAACAUGUUAUUUUUUAUAUUCAUUAUUAUUAUUAUGAAUAAUUUUUACUUUUUGCUCGGAAGACGCUCUCUAGAAAAAAAAACUAUAAUAUUUUGCAGCCUUCUCGAACAACAUUGCUGCACAAAGAACGCUUCCAAUUCGCUGACAACGGACCAAGUGUCAAAAGAUUAUCAGCUGAUCAUAUACAAAUUCUCGAAGCUUCAGGAGAUAUGAGACAUCGAGAUAUUGAAAGUCCGGAUGGUGUUGAACCAGAAGUUUUGGAACGAAUUCAGGGAAUUGAUGUGAGAAAAAGAGAUUAUACCGUGUUGGAAAACUUGCAAAUCGAGGGAAAAUCUGAUCAAAUUAUUCGAGCCACUAAAAAAUGCGGUGAGAAAAUUGUGAGACAUGUUCAAGAGUUCCGCCAACUUCAAAAUCGAUUGAAUGCGGCAAUUGAUGCAAUCGAACGAGAGGAUAAGAAGAAGUUGACACAAACUGUUGAUGAAGAAGUUAUGCAAACUCGAGAUCAACGGGGAAUGAGAUUGUUGCAGAUUGCUGUGCUUAGGGAAAAACAUGAACUUGUUGAAUAUUUGGCAUCGACUUUUCCUGCGCAGAUUGGGUUAUUGGAUACGGUAUGUGCUUUGGGUUUGCGAUUUAUGCCUGAAAUUACUCGAUUUUUUCAGCUUGGUCGAACAUCUUUGCAUUACGCAGCUGUGCAGCAAAAUGCAAUUUAUGAUACUUUGGUCGAUUUGGGCGCCAGGAAAGACUUACCUGAUAAUGUGAGUUGUGAAGUAAUUACGGAGUGUCGUUGUUUUUGUGUGUUUUUGAAAUGUUUCUAAGAAUUCAAUACAGUAUUUUUAAGCCCACUCAAAUAUGUUUUCAUGUUUUUCCCUCUCAUAAAAAAAUGAAGAUAAUCUAUUUUUAUCCGGAAAAGACGUGUAUGAAUAGGCAGCUUAUGAUUAUCAGAAAAAUGGGAAUAUGAUGCCAUUUUUCUUCAUCUUCUUCCUUUUUUUCUACUACUAUACAGCGGAUAAAUAAUCUCUAAUUCUCGUUUAGUUAAUCUCCCUCCUAUUGGCUUUUUUCUUGAGAAAAACUGAAAAUCUUGUGGCUGAAAAUUUUCUCGAAUGUGUUUCGUACGAUUUUUAUCCGAUCAAUUUUGAAUGAUUUUUUAAGGUUUAGACAGAUAUUUUUUUAACUUCGGAAGAUUUAAAAUUUGGAAUUUUAAAAAGUUCCAUAGGUGCAGGUUGAACCUGAAAAGUACUCUGAAAAGUAAUCUUUUUUAAAAAGUUUUUCAGAAUUUGAAGUUUGAAAAUUUUCGUUGAAGUUUUGAGAAUUUAGAGUCCUAACUAAUAAUUGUGAAUAAAAAUAAAAGUAUCGGAUUCUAGAUUUCAAAACUUUUUUUUGAUCAUGUUCAGUCUCAAAAUUUUCAGAAAAUUGUCGAUUUUCAAAUGUUUUAAGCUAGAGUUUCCUAUUUUCCAUAAAAUUCUGAAUAUUUCUGAAUUGACAAUAAGAAAUUUAAAAAAAGAAUCAAAUGAGCUCUCACAGCAGUUCUUUUUUUCCUUAUUUUGAAAAGUAAAAUCUUCUGAGUUUAGUUUACUGUAAUCUCUAAGUUUUAAAACUUUCCCAAUUUCAAUUUUUCAGGAAGGUAUAACCGCUGAAGAAUAUCGCCAAUCGCCCGAAAAAUUCAUCAGACCAUCUUCGGCGGUUUCGUCGAUUAUGCUAAGAUCGAUGUCGACUGAUGACGAAUUUUUUGAUCCUGGUUAGUUUUUUGAUGGGCUACGUGGCAAUAUUUAUUUUGGAGUAUUUUUUCAACCAAAUUCGUCUUGGUUUGGCUCUGACAAAAACAGAUUUUUUCGAAAAUUCUGAAAAUUUAUACAUUUUGAAAACAAGAAAAAAAACACCUGGAUUAUCCUCGUGAAAAAAUAUGAAAAAUAAUUUUUUUUUUCAAAGUUUGAGGUCAAACAUCCACGUGGCAUAUCAGAGUUAUGAACUAUUCAAUAUCUGAUAUUUGAAUAUGCUGAAAAUCCACGUUGUAAGCUCAAAUCUCAAAUCUUGCUAUGCAUCGAGCAUCGAGAUUUUUAAUGUCAAAAAAAAAACAUAUCAAGAGUUCAGAUUUGCAAAAUGCUACUUAAGAAAAAAGUUCCUCCUCCUUAUCAAAAUUUUCUUCUUUCGCUUUUUUUCUUCCCAUUUCUGUCCGAAAAUUUCUUCAUCCUCUAAUUUAUUUAUGAUUCAUUUCCUAUAUACAUUUAUCCAAACUUCCGCACUUUCGAGGAAAUUUUUUAAUUUUUCUGGAUUUUUGCUCAAAAUUUUUAAUUUUUUUCUAGUUUUUUGAAUAAAAUUCAAAACAAGAUUUCGAAUUUUUUGGGAAUAAAAAUAAAGCUGAAAAUCCACGUGACAUUAUUUUUGUUUGAAAUCUGAAAUUUCUAUCUUCAGAAAAAUUUUGCUCCGACUUCUUUUUUUGUGGUUCGAAAUUUUGGAUUUUAAUUUUCAGAAAAAAAUCUCUAGGAAAAUCCACGUGGCAAUUUUUCUAACUUAUUUUUUUGAAUCACACUAAAGUUAUACCACGUGGCAAAAGUCCCUCUGUAGUUUUUAAAAAUCUAUUUUUCCAAGUCAAAAAGCUAGAUCACUACUAAAAUUUGGAUGAAAAUUAGAUUGCGUGUGAUCUCUCUGCGUCUCUCAAUUUCCCACACUCUCUAAACUUGUUGCGUGCGUGGUUCCGAGUUUUUGAAUUAUUCAAUAAGUUUGGCUAAGUCACCUCUUCCAAAAUUUCUUUUUUCUUAUCUCGGUGUAUUUUUUCUUCUGAAUAAUUUUCCGAUCUUUGUACAAAUUCGAAUUUAAUUUUUCAAAAUUUGUUGGGCCAAUGGAUGCAUGAGUGUCUACCAUUUGAGCAUUUCUACUUCAUGUCUUCAGCACAUCAUUUUGAAAAAUUGUAUAUUGAGCAACAUGGUUCGUUUAAAAUUAAAAAAAAUUGAAAGGGUUUUCAGGUAUGCAAAGCAUCGAAUAAGUUUAGGCUUCCAGAAUAAAUUUCAUUGAAAGGUUGAAAAAUGUUUCGAUAAAUAUUUUAUUUUUAAGAAAACUAACACAAAAUUCUUAAAGCAUUGCUUAUGCUAAUCUGAACUGGAAGUUAUGGAAAAUAUUCUAAUAAAUCUCAUAAACUGGUCCAUAUUCAGAUGCUCCAUCAGAACAACAAGUCGAUGAUUGGCUUGCGACCGGCGAAGUUCAAAAACUCGAGCAAAUUGUGCUUGAUGGAAGAGGACAUAUGUUGAAAGAGAAAAAGACAGUGAAUGAGGCGAGCACUGAAUUUAUGAGUGGAUUGACUCAAUAUUUGGUGAGUCUAGAACCUAGCCAAGGUGAUUUCAGAAUCUCUUUAUGUUUAUUUUUGCAGACAAAAAUCGAUGCAAUUCACAAAGCUGUUGAAGAAGGCGAUGUUCGUCGUGUCAAAUCAUUAAUUGAUCGACCACUUUUAGCAACUGCAAGAGAUAAUUAUGGAAUGACACCAAUUCAUAAGGCAUUAUUGCAUGGACAAACUAAUACUGUUCGAUUUUUAUUGGGAAGAUAUCCGAGUUGUGUUAAUGCUACUGAUCAUGUGAGUACUGUACAUUUGGCAACACAAAUUGAGGGAUACUUUUAUUUUUUGCCCCAAAUUUAUAACCCUUUUGAUAGAGGACAAACAUAGCCUGAAUUUUUGCGCUGAAAAUAGUCUUGUUUUUCAAAAUAAUUUCAAAAUAAAAUUAUUUUCAGGCUGGUCGAACUCCUCUUCACUACGCAGCCGCUGAUCCAAACGGCGAACACAUGAUAAAAGUUCUUCAAAAAUCAGGCGGUGAUGCAUUCAUCGAAGACAAACACGGUCACACCCCAUUUUAUUAUCGAACUCAUGGACAACGAUUGAAUGUGAGAUCAAUGAAAGACAAUGCUGUUAUGAAUCAAUUAAUAUCUGGUCAAAUAAAUCGACCUUUGUUACAAGAUCUUGAAGAAGAUAUUUAUGAUUGGAUUCAUACUGGAAAUGUUGGAAAAUUAGAAGAACUUGUGCUAACUGGAUAUGCAGAUCUUUUAUUGGGAAGAAAUCAUGAAGUUGAAGAUGCUGAUAGUAUUGGAUUCCUCGAAGUUCUUCCACAAUAUCAAGCCAAGGUUCAAAGUAUACACAAAGCUGUGGAAACUGGAAAUCUGAGAGCUGUAAAAUUGUUGACUGAUAGGAAGAAACUAUCAUUGUGUAGAGAUACAAGAGGAUUGUCCCCAUUGCAUAAAGCAAUUGUAUUUGAGAGAACUGAUAUUGCAAAAUAUUUGAUUCGAAAUUAUCCGCAAUCAGUGAAUGCAAUGGAUCAGAAGAAAAGAACACCGUUGCAUUAUGCUGCAGCAUUGAAAGAUGGCGGGUAUUUAUAUAAAGUCAUGAGGAAGUCUGGAGCUGAUCCAAAUAUUUAUGAUUGUGUGAGUUUUCUCGAACGACGCUUCCGCGUCAGCGUCACUGUCUCGACUCAACACUGAUCUGGAAAAGAUGAAAUUAUAAAUAUUUCAUUGAUAUUUUCAUAUUCUCAUGUUUUUAUGUUAUUUUUCCAGAACGGCCGCCCCGCCAAAUACUACCUAAAACACUCCGGUGAAAUCGAUCUAUCUGCAAUGCGUUUGGAUACUCGCGCAGCUCUCAAACAAGUGUUGCACAAUCGAGUUGCUCCAAGUUAUUUGGAAUCAUCAAUUCAACAAUGGUUGCGGGAUGGACAAGUGGCGAAAUUGGAACAACUAGUAUUAUCUGGGUGUGGAGAUUUGUUGCAGAAUCGGACAUCGAGUCAUCCGGAUGCGCAAAGCUUUUUGGAUAAUUUACCUGAUUAUACGGUUAGUGACUAACUCAAAAAGAAACUUUAUGAAAUCCCAUCUUUUCCAGGAGAAAAUUGAAGGAAUUCACAAAGCCAUCAAAGAAGGAAAUCUAGAUAAAGUGAAAGAGCUAAUGAAAUCCAAAAAGCUGGCAAUAGCUCGUGAUCGUUUUGGCUGCACUCCGCUUCAUUCGGCAGUUGUUCACGAACACACUGAAAUUGUUCGAUAUAUUGCUGGACAUUUCGCAUCAGUUCUGAAUGCGCCCGAUUAUAAUAAACGGACUGCGAUGCAUUAUGCAGCGGCUGCAAGAGAUGGUGGACAUUAUUUGAAGAUUUUGGGCAAAGCUGGAGGAGAUCCGAUGGCUGUCGAUAAUGUGAGUUAGAGAAGUCUGGGCCUAGUUUACAAUUUGUGGGUAGACAGGAUUAGAUAUGGCUUGAUCUUUGUCUGAAAUCUCACAAUCCCUGUUUUUAGGAAGGUCGAACUCCUGAUUAUUAUCGUCGAAAUGCCGUGAUUGACCUGAAAAUGAUCAAAGAUAGAGAUGAAGAAUUCGAAGCAAUAAAUGAAGAAUUCCUCGAAGAUGGUCCCUUGAUUGAUAGUCCAGCGACACCAGAUUCCGGUUCCGAAGGUUCAUUUGUUGAUAGUGCAAGAUUCAACGAUGAAGAAGACGAAGGAAUUGAAAGACAUCGAUUUGAGAAGAUGUUCCGUGGACGAAUUGAUCUGCCAACUUCAGAAAAUGGAAUCUAUCUUGCUAGAACUGUUGCACCAGUCAUGACAAAGGCUUUGGCUGAAGUAUUAUUACGAAGACCUGCUGAUCCAAUCGGAUUUAUUGCUGAAUGGUUAACUAAAUACACUACAGAAAUCCCGAGAAGAAAUGGGAAUAGUCAUUGA